UGCUUUUUGCCUGUUGUCUGUCUGUGCUUCGCCUUAGGCCCGGUUCACGCUAGUCCGUUUUAUUUCCGGAUUCCGUCUUUUAGUUCGGCAAGGAGAUGGUGGAGUACAUCGCUGACUACCUAGAGAACAUACGCGAGCGGCGGGUGUUUCCUGACGUCAAGCCGGGCUACAUGCGCGACUUGAUGCCAGAUGAAGCCCCGGAGCAGCCGGAGCCCUGGCAAAACAUCUUCAACGACAUCGAGAGGGUGGUGAUGCCCGGGGUAACGCACUGGCAGUCUCCCUACAUGCACGCCUACUUUCCGGCCCUCAACUCCUACCCGUCUCUGCUCGCUGACAUGCUGGCGGACGCGAUCAACUGCAUAGGCUUCACGUGGGCCUCGUCUCCCGCCUGCACUGAGCUUGAGAUCGUGGUGAUGGACUGGCUGGCACGCAUGUUGGGGCUACCUGAUCACUUCCUUCACUCUUGCAAGGACGCGCCUGGCGGAGGAGUCAUUCAGACUACAGCUUCAGAGGCAACCUUCGUGUGUCUGCUAGCGGCGCGGACGGAGGCCAUACAGAGGUACCAGCAAGACGACCCAGAGAUCGAGGACGCCGAAAUCAACUCCAGACUGGUGGCUUAUUGCUCCGACCAGGCUCAUUCGUCGGUGGAGAAGGCAGGGCUGAUUGGGCUGGUCAAGAUGCGUUACAUUGAGAGUGACGACAACCUGAGCAUGAGAGGCGACAAAGUGCUGGAGGCCAUUCAGAACGACAGGGAGAAGGGCCUUAUUCCCUUCUUUCUCUGCGCCACGCUAGGAACUACUGGUGCCUGCGCCUUCGAUAACCUUCAGGAACUAGGACCCAUCUGUGCCCAGGAGGAACUCUGGAUGCACGUGGACGCUGCCUACGCCGGGACUGCUUUCAUGUGCCCAGAGUUUCGACACUUCAUGGCCGGCAUCGAGUACGCGCACUCCCUCGCCUUCAACCCCUCCAAGUGGAUGAUGGUCCACUUCGACUGUACUGCCAUGUGGGUCAAGAACAGUGGCUCACUUCAUCGCACCUUUAACGUAGAGCCAAUUUACCUACAGCACGAGAAUACAGGCCUCGCUAUUGACUUCAUGCACUGGCAAAUCGGACUCAGCAAAAAGUUCAGAUCUCUAAAGCUUUGGUUCGUGAUUCGUUCAUUUGGAGUGGCGGGACUUCAGAAACACAUACGAGAGGGUGUGAGAAUGGCACAGAAGUUUGAAGCAUUUGUGAAGUCUGACCCGCGUUUCGAGAUCCCCCACGCGCGACACCUGGGCAUGGUGGUGUUCAGACUGAAGGGCGAGAACGAGCUGACGGAGAAGCUGCUUAAGAAAAUCAACUCCACGGGGAAACUGCAUUGCGUGCCCGCCUGCCUCAAGGGGAAAUAUGUGAUAAGGUUCACUGUGACCUCCACCUACACCACCGUGGAUGACCUCUCGCGGGACUGGACCAUCAUCCGCGCCGUGGCGUCUGAGGUGCUCUCCAAAACACCUGCAGAGGAACACAAAGCGAAGGUGUUCCUAAAGGACACUCGCAAGAAUCCAGAUUUCGGCACCUCGCUCCUGCUCGCCAACUCCCCGAUGUCGCCAAAGAUCGUCAACGGUUCCUUCGCUGCUAUCUUCGACAACAAUGACGUCCUUUUCGAGUUCGCCAAGAAGCUGCAGCAGUUCAAACUUGACGUGCAGGAUUCCCCGGGCAAAGCCAUGCGCCGCCGUAUCCGCGGGAUGUUGAUGGCGGGUAAGCAGUACUCCCUGGACUCCCGCAUGGACCUGGUGACGACCCUAGUGCAGUCCGCGCGGCCCUCCGACAUGCCCACCAUGAGGGAGAACAGCGUUGAGCAACCCGACUGCCACGACACGGGCGUUCAAACUGACGAGGCUUUCAGUCCUUCACGUGGCCGUUCUCGGAGCGUAGACGAGGGCAUCUUCACCCCGGAUAUCAAGAGCGUCGCCCUGCAAGACGCCAUAAACGAGGACGAAGGCGAAUCCUCAUCCCCUGAGGCAGACACGACUAAGACACGGGAACUCAACGGGCGAGUGGACACACUCUUCCACUGCAACAAAUGCGGCGCUGUUAUAACCGUGCAAUAAAGUGGCUGGAGGGAGUAAGAGCGGGAAUGACGCGGCACGGCUUCACGCCUAUUCGCUUGAUGCCAAGACGGAUGAUUCUCAGGCUCCGCACUACUUGAGUACGUUUGCUGCAUAAAGAAACGUAUGUUACGUUGUCGCGCUCUCUGUUACAUAAGGCGGAGCUCUUACGGGUCGUGUUGAAUGAAGUAAGGUUGUUCCAGGUUAAGUUUCUCGCUGACUAUUACCGUUAGUGAUAAGGAAAGGCAGUACAUGCACGAAUCUAU